AUGAAAAACAACGCCAAGGAAAAAGCACAUAAACAUAAAAUUACAUUAAAGACAUUUACUAAGACAACAUUUCAACUACAAACAACUGAUUUACUGUCCGUUAUAUCUGCGUCGUCAUCGUCGUGUGUAUCUACUAUUGUCCGUAUUCCACCAUGUCGAGUCAAAUUAUUAACACAUUACAAUUAUCAAUCGCCUAAAGCAUCGAUAAAUCAAGACUGUCCACCUACAUCCAUAUUUUCACCUUUACCCGAUUCACAAAGUAUUACAUUUCGUUCGAAUGAAUCAUCGCCAACGUCGCCGUUCAAAUGGGGUACUCCAAAAAUAAGAAAACGAAAAGCUACUGAACGAGACUCAAUUGAUGAAUAUAUUGCAAGCAAACACCAAGCCGUGAUACAUGAUGUAUAG